AUGACAAACGCAACUCAAGGCACGCUCUACAUCAGACCAACUGCUACAAGAUCCAACUGGUUUGGCGCUCUUGCUAAGUAUUUGGAUUUGUCCUUCGAGAUUGUCGACGGUACUGGAGUCGAAAACUUCACCGAGAUCUUUCCUUUGCACAAAACCCCUGCCUUGAUCACUGAUAAGGGUGUCAAGGUCACUGAGACUCUCGCUAUCAUCUACUACUUGAUUUCAAUUUCCGACAAGAAGGAUUUCUUGGGUGGAAAUGUCAAUGAAACUACACAGGUGAUCAGAUGGUUAGCUUUCUUCAACCACGACUUCAUCCAGGUCAACGGUGACUUGAAAUUCCGUGCAAAGACAGAGGAAGAUAAGGCCAAAGCUUUGACAGCGUUGAACGCACUUCUUACAUAUGUCGACAAUCAUUUAGCUGAAAACAAGUUUAUUGCAUUGGACAGAAUCACUGUCGCAGAUAUUUUUGCUCGUAAUAUCAUUACCGGCAUUAAGGGUUACGCUAAUUACGACAAGUAUGACAAAAUCAAUGCUUGGCUCAAAGAAAUAUCCAGCCACCCUAUUGUCCAAGAACUCUCCAAGUGA